AUGGCAUGCCGAUUCCCCGCGCGAGCUAAAGCAAAUCGUCGAGGAAUCAUCCGGUUUAUCACAUCUUUGACGAUGGGAACUCAAGCAGGACCUCUGGUGGCUCGCACUCCCAUAAUUGAACUCCCUGCUGAGCUUCAGAAAACGAUUAAGGAAGCUUCAAAAGACUUUGAAGUGAUAAAUAUCGAUUUGGAUCAAAUCACGAAAGAAAUGGCCCGCAGAGUCGAAGGAUUGUUACUCUACACUCCGGCUUAUUUACCAAUUGAUUCAAAGGUGAUGGGUUAUUUUCCUAAUCUCAAAGUUAUCAGCAACUGUGGAGUUGGUAUUAACCACAUCGAUAUAGCAGCCGCUACUGAACGUGGAAUUGCCGUCGGGAAUACACCAGAUGUUGUUACUGAUUGUUCAGCCGAUUUGGCGUUCUCCCUUUUGUUGGCUUCUGCUCGAAACGUUGUAGAAGGAGACAGGAUUGCAAGAAGUCCAGAAACCAAAGAGGUAAAUUUGCUAUAAAGUCAAAGAAAUGGUUGCAUUGUAUUUGAGAAAAUGUUUUAAUUUGCCUUGCAUGUUUGCGCGGUCGUUUUGAGGCUACAGUUUACAGUCAAAUCGGGUCAAGCGUACGCCCCAAGAUGCCAUUAAUGAAUUUAUUAUUCCAAAGUUUAAUCCCUUGGUAGACGUAAAUUUCAGAUUCAUCUCUCCAGUCUUGCAUGCGUAAUGAGCCGUGAAUUCACACGCGAGGCAGUUAUAAAAUUUGUACCACCUCAGUUUCCCUGAAUUUGACGUAAAUGUCUUCGAAGCAAUUUUAUCCAUUCAAAGAUUUUCAAUCUGACCAAAUACAGAGAAGUUCUCGUAAAAUAUUCACUGCUCAUUACGCAUGUAGGAAUGCCAAUUUGAAUUUGACACCAGUUACGGGAACAAAUCAACCUCGUCCCCAGGGCUUUUCCCUUAAAGGGAAAAGCCCUGGGGACGAGGUUGGGGGACAAAUCUAUGACACCCAUUGUAUUGUGUGACUGCUUUUCAAAUUUACGUCUGUGUUUUGAAAAUAGUACUAAAUACCAACCAAAACACAGACAGCGGAUUGCGACCAUGACAGCCUUUAUUAAAACAUGUAAAUAGGUAAUCACUCAGUAUAGGCACAAUAUUAAAAUGAAACAGGUAAUAACUAGUUACACUCAAAUGGAACAAACAAAGGUAUACGUCAUAAUUUGUAAAAAGAGAACGACGAGUGUAGCUAAAUGUCGUGGGUCGUGGGUGUGGGAGUGGGUAAAUGUCGUGGGUGAAAAAAUGUCUUCCAAAAAAAAUUUAAAAAAUGAAAAAGCAAAAAGUUGUAAAAUUCAUGAAACGAAAAUCUCCGAGUACAUACCAGUCCUAUUCCCCUUCCCCGCGGUCAGCAAAAGAAAUGAGCGAAUCCUCUAGUACAAACGGUCACUAAAAAGGCAUUUAGGUGAAAAAUAAAAGAAACUCUGUACACUGUGUAGACCUGGAGCAGGCUAGAGAAAAACUGGAGACUGAACUGAUCUUUCUCAAAGAUGUCAACAUUCGUGACUGAAACGUCCUUUCAGUUUAAGCAAAGACUUUGUACACAAAACAAAACAAAAAAGAAUCGCGAAGAUUGUAUUUCCGUACGGCAAUAAAAUUUUCAUACAGUCUCGCCGCUUAACUUGAAAUGUUGGAAAUGAAGGUGUUUCCUUCGUAAGAUAAGAGACCUAAAACUUCUUUAAGAAAGACUUCUAUCCAGAAAUAUGAAUUACCUCAAAAUUGUCCUUUUUCCCUACCCUUUCUCACGGUGAUCGCAUUCCACCGUGCUAAAAAAAUGGGCGUAUGGAAAAGCCGGAAUCCGGAAUCCGGAACCGGAGCCGAAAACGGAAUCGGAACCGGAACCAGAACUUAAAUUGAGACCAGGGUAAACUGGGAAACACUGAAACCAGUUACCGAUACCCGUGUGGAAAUAAAAUUCAAGAUGGCGUCCUCUGUUAUCAUUGUUUUGAGAAAUUCUCAGCACAGUGAUCGUGAUACCAAAGAAAUACUCACCGCGCAAAAGAGCUUACGUUUGUUUAUUUAGUACACGCAUGUGUUCUACUUUAUCAAACAUGCUUACACAUCACGCUUAGACACUUUUACUACAAAAAGCAAACAAACAAACAAAAUAUUCAGUUGUAAAAUACAUGACUUUAUAAAAAAAAAGAACAUAACCACUAAAAUUCAAAGAAUCAGCCCAUAGUGUUCCGCCGCAGACUCGAGCAUAAAUUCAAGGCACAACAACUUCACAUUUUCACACGUAUUCAUAUUUCAAUCGAUUCGUCGCUUUGUCGCGAUCUGUAAACGAAAACAGAUAUGUUUUUGUAAAAUGGUAACAUUUUUUGGUAACAUUGUAUAUUCUUACUCGUACCUUUUGUUAAAAGGGCUCCGUGUUUCAUCCAUUGUGAGGGAAAGGCGGCAAAGGGAGGAGUAACACUCACGCGUAUAUGAAAUUCUCGAAGAAAAAUUUUGCCCCGUACGCAAAAAAUGCGACAGUAAAAAAUAUAAUAACAAUAAAUAAAUAUAAUGUGGGGAUGAAAAGUCUUGAUCUAGCAAUUAUUGUUAGUGACACUCUUAAGACAGAAACGUCCCCAAUUUUUAUUUCUUAGGUUCGGAUUCGGGUUCCAGUUCCGUUUCCGUUUCCGUUUCCGGUUCCGCUUCCGGUUCCGGAUUCCCGCUUUUCCAUACGCCCUAAAAAAAUCUCCGCUGAUGAAAGGAAUUGUCGAUCGAAUAAAGAUUAAUAGUGAGCAGCCAUUUCCAUUCAGCGAGUCAGAGCUGUACCAUACUUUCUGCCAAUUGCAGGUAUAAUUUACGUCUGUUUCGUUUAUUUCGCGGCGAUAGCUCAGGUAUGGAUAAAUCUUCAUCGGCGACAUGUCUUUUAUACAGUGAUGUUGUGAAAGGGGAGCCAAGUCUCACGUAGCUUAGGAAAUAUCAGGAAGAGGACCAAAAAGGCAAUCAAGGAGUUGAAGAUUUUCGUUUCAUAAAUAUUUUACAACUUGUUUCUAUUUAUUUCAUUUUUUUUUCAAUUAUUUUACUUUAUCAUUUUUUUUCUAUACGUUUUUUACCCACGACAAUUACCCACACCGACACCCACGACCCACACCCACACCCACGACAUCUACCCACUACCCACGACAUCUACCCACUACCCACGACCCACGACAUUUAGCUACACUCGAGAACGACUGUCACGCAUAAAGUAACUUGAGAUCAGGCAUUCUCUCUAACGGCUCACAAGUUUGUGCUCACUGCGGCCAGAUUUUGGCCGCAACGCUGAUUGGCUGUUAGAACAAUGCCACAAGAUCUGAUUGGCUCUUGGAAUCAACGGAAGUUAUAAAAAGCGCUUAUUCUUCGCGCGGUUGUUUGCGAAUGAUCAGCCGUAGGCGGAGAGAAGGAUCGAUUUUGCUGUCUUUUCUAUUGUUUUAUGGUCUUGUAGUAGGAAAAUAUGCCUUAAUAUGUGCCGCGGAAAUUCAGAAAAUUCAGAUGGUUGUUCAUAUCUUCUCAGGAUUUGCUUUAUUUACGGAACUAAUGGGAGUGUAUCGCAGAGUUGAAUCUCUCUGCCAGUUGUUGACCGCGAACAAUGUGUAGAAUGUGCCUUUUGAUUUACCAACAAACGAGUGCAAAUCAAAAUACUGUCCAUCUUAAAACUGGUUUCAUUUUAAAGUUUAGCCUGGAAUGACUUCUCUGAACGGGGUACGCAAGCGGAGGCUCACUAAGAAAGAAACCUCAAUCGCCAACUGUGAAGUAUUAGACGAAGAAUAUCGCAUCGCUGUACAUGUUCAAGGAAUUUUUUGUAGGCAUUAUUAUAAGCUAGUGGCGCUAGUCUUAAGGUAACAGACUUGUUGUUUGCCUUCGCUUUUUGUGAAAAAUAAACCAGGAAAACCGGUGUCCUCGCUCGUUGGCUGUUUGCUUUUUGUUAAUUUCGAUUAAUAAAUUUGGCAAGCUUUUCAAACCUGCAGUAAAACAACAACACAACUAAAGAGAACUCUAAAGUGUGUUUGCGUAAUGUUGUUUUUCGUUUUGUUUAUAGGUCAGUUGAGCAUGCAUUUUAGUAGUGUCGUUUCGUCUUCCCAAAUUGGCAGAUAAUAUUUACCUGGAUGUAUAAAAAAAAUAUUUUUUAGGCGUUUGUUUCUCUAGUAAAUUCGCAAAUUGCAAGUGUAUUCACGGGACUAAAUCAGCUAAAUUAAAUGCACUUGAAAAAUUCGUUUGGUUUGUUCUGAGAUAAUUUAUAUAUCAGGCUUUGAAAAAGUUUGCGAUUUUUUCCUCCAAGAUUUUUAAAGAUUUAUGUACUGAAAAUCGGGCAAAAUUGCCGUGGAAAAUACAAAGGCAACACAAAAACAGAAAUUUCAGUAUUUUAAAUUCGAGCACGCCCAGCCAAAAUAUUAAAACUAGAACAUCGUGUCGCCGUCCUUUCGAAAACGUUUCACCUUCUACGCCAACAGAAAUAACCUUCGAGAUCUCCUUUAAUCUCGUACGAAGUUAAAUGUGAUUGUGCUGAUUGUUUUAUUUUUGGUUAAAAAAUUAAAAGGUAAAAGUUGUUUCUUAAGUCAGCGAGUCUGCAGUUUUCCCACGUAUGAAAAAUUUGCAUACUAAAACAAAGAUUUACUUUUUGUUUAUCUUCAACCUAGUGUAAAAAAGAAUUCGUAAAACCUCGCUAUUUUGACUUUACAAUGAAUAUACAACUAAAAACUACCCGGGGAGGGUAGGGUGGAAAAACUAGUAAAUGCCAGCUACUUAUGACUGUUUGCUAGCCGAGCUAUCUUGCAAGUGACUUUAUAAGAUGCUGGCCAGGGCCCGGAAUUUAUAUAAGCGUGCUUGUACUUUUACUGGCAUUGAGUACAAAAGCUGAUCGUAAAAACACUGGAUACUUCGUGACGAGUAAAAUAACUUGAUUUACCAGACUAGUCUAUGUAAAACUUGUACUAGGGUUAAGGCUGUCUUAGUCCCGGUACCCCAUGUUUGAUAUUUAAUUAGAAGAACAUCACAAACCUGAUGCCAACCGAAAAUAUAACCACGAGUUUCUAGUUUCCAGAAUGAUUUUCAUUAAAAUAAUUUUAGGUUUUGGUUUAAUCACCGCCUUUUUUUUCUUGCAUUGCAAACUUAAUUUGUAAAUUUGCUGGAAGAUUUAUUUGAUAGGCAUUCACCGCGACUUGCAUUUAUCACGAGAUACUGAUUCAUUUCAUGGCCUCUCGUGUACAAACGGGAACGCCUGAUAACAGCCCCUAAGAAAGUCUGCGUAGGAUACUAUGACGAAUUAUGACUGCAGAAUUUUAAACAAUACACUAUAUGAGGAGCUCCAGGCAUAAUGUCGGCAUAAUGCUAAUAUUUUCUUUGCAGAGUCAUAUCAAAGACUGUAGCUUGGAUGAUUAUUUAGUUGGUGCGAGAGGGAAUAAGGAGAAUGACCGCUUCAGCCGAGCAUAAUUUUAAGCAUAUUAGUCAUGGUUUGAUGGGUUACGCUGAAAAGAAUAAAAUUCGAUUUUACGAGCAUAAUCCGUGAGGAUUGAGGAAUGACAACUCAAAAAAAGCUUAUACGAAUGACAAUGUAAUUGACAUUUGGCACCAAAGCAAAGAUGCUUAACCCUUUAAGCCCUAGGGGUGAUCAGCAUCAAAUUUCUCCUCGUAAUAUCAGUGCUUUGUAAAACAGAGUGGUCAUGAGAAUUACAGACAUGAUCACACAAGAUGAAUUUGCUUGAUUUUUGUCAGGUUCACCCCACUGCUUCUGUAGGAAAUGAAUAGGGGCAACAAAUGAGAAUUCAAAUUUUGAUCUUAGGGUAAAGAGUUAAGUAAUGGCAAAGCAAACUCUUUCCCGGGGUCCGCUGGACCCUGGGAAGAGUCUCAUUAUCAAAGAACUGACGAAUAUUUUUUGUUCAGAUAUCUUCUUAUGUAACUUAUAAUGAAUACCGUGUAGCCUGAAAAUUUUGCGGGAGUUUUAUUUUGCGGAUUGGCGAUUUUUUGUGGUUUGCGGGAACAAAUUUUUGCGGUUCGAGAUGACUGAAAUUUCUGGUGGGAACUAAUUUUUGCGAUUCUCUGUUCAAGUAGCAGAAUAUUUUUGUGGAAGAAACCUUAAUAUGGUGUUUUUCAACUUUUAUUUUACGGUAUGUUGAGUCAAAGUUCACUCUACUUACAUAUUUAAUGGAGAAUAAUACGGUAAUCACUGUAAUAUCUUACUGCACAAAGAGACUGAAUAACAGCAAAACAAAACAAAAGCCUAUCCCUACCACAUACACAACAAGUCCAUUAAAGGUAGAGUUUGUAAUUUGACUGAAGGGAGUUAAUUUUUGCGGCGUGUUAUUUUGCGGGUUUUUUUUUCUGCGGGAACUAAUUUUUGCAGAUCGAGGUCAAUCCGCAAAAUUCGCAAGAAUUAGAACCCGCAAAAUUCUCAUGCUACACGGUAUACUAAUAAUAAUUUGAUAUUUUUUGAACUGGUGGAUGGACCUUAUCAUCUUCAUGUUUCCCGGGUAAAUUGCUACAGGCUCAAUUGUACAAAGCGAUGGACCGGUAUCGACUGAGAGUGCAGGGUUCGAAUCCCGGCAACUCGGCCUGGAUUUUUUUAGGACUUUCUUUUAGCAACUGCAUAAGUUGCGUCUUCAACUGGAUUGACCUUUCCAUUUCUAUCUUUAAUUUAUAUGGAUACGUUGUUUUAUUAUUUUUUUUAAAUAGUUUCUUCAUUUGCAUGGCUAUUUUGGAAGUAAAGUUAGUGGAUCAACCAUUGGCAUUGUUGGCUUGGGAAGAAUUGGUAGUGCUGUGGCAAAACGAGCAAACGGCUUUGGAAUGAAAGUUCUUUAUCACAACAGAAACAGGCGUAAAGCAGAUGAGAAAAAACUUGGUAAGAUACUUUGUUCGUGUACAAGAUGUUGAUCCCCUUUUGAGUACGUCUCCUUUAAUCGUUAAAUCCGCUACCCUUUUUAAAGCAAGAACCUGAUUCAUUUCGUUUCGCAUACAGAAUUGUGUUGUGGAAUAUCCAAUAAGCACGGAAUUAGAUUUUUUAGUGAAAAGAUUGUUGGUUCCACAUACAGUCGACUCUUGAAAACUCAAACCCUAGCUAACUCGAAUCUUGCCUUAACUCGAACGAAACUCGAUUUUCUCUAGGCCUUGAGUUCAUACAUUUAUUGUACUUUUACCCUCGAUAACUAGAACCUCCCGCUAACUCGAGGUUAUUUUUGUUUUCCUUCAGAUCAUUUCUAUAUAAUUUUACCCGGCCUCGAUAACAGGGGCACCCAACGGCAAUUUUCGGGAAAAUAUCUGUUCGGAAGACGAUCUGAGAUCUGGAAUUUUCGGAGCAUUUGUUGUAAAAUUUCUUGCUUGCCUGCCUCUCCUAGGAUUUUCGAACAUCUACAAAAUGGUAUAUUUACCCAUUUUCAAGGGAUUUUGACUCUAAAAAAGGCCACCUAGAAUUUUCGGGAGCCUUUUCCUGGCUGAAAUUUUCGAGAAGGUAAGUUUUUAUCCCUGUAAUUUUCGGAUCACUAGACUUUCAGCUAGGAAAUCCGAACAGAUGAAAAGUUUUUAGGGGAUAAAAAUAUGCCUAUAUCUACCGUUUGAAUACUAAAAUGCGUUCACCAAUGCUAUGUUAAGUGCAUUGAACUAUAUCCUCGUUGGGUGCCCCUGUCGAUAACUCGAAAAAUAUUGUUUUUGUGUGUUUAUUUCAAGCCAGCCGUGUGCUCUUUGUCUUUGUCUUUUUCUGUUAGUCUUUUUUUUUUUGUCCAGCCCUGUAUACAGUAUUGAUCAAGCUUUGCUGCUUAAUUCCUCUUUCUAAAUAUCGACAUAUCUCUUCCUGUCCUUGAAGUGUAGUGUGCAUGAUACUAGAACUCCUUCUCCGUCCCAUUUCAUUAGUUUCCUUCUUCCGGUUAUUUGCUUUGAACUCCCGAUAACUCGAACUUUCCCAAGAUUUAGAUGAUUUCCAAGAAGGUGGCAAGUUAUGGGGAGUCAACUGUCUUCAUAUGAGCCCGGUUGACCGGGCUGGAUCGGUUUCCGAGCUCUCGCUUUACCUCUAAAUCCUUUGUAAAAUUUUCGAUGUGUUCAUAGGAAAGGGCGGGCUGGCUCGGUUCCCGAGAUCUCGGUUUUUCCAACCGAGAUCUCGGUAAGCGGGCUGGAAAUUUUGCCAUAUGAACACUUCAUCCCGGUUACCGGGAUGAACGGCGGGAUGAAUUCUCGUGGUGCGGAUGGCAUCGUCUUUCAUUGCCUGCUGUAUUUUACACAUCAUAAGCAUCCUAUUUAACUGCAGUGAUACGGCUUUAAGAGUUACCGAAGCCCGAAAGUAAAAAAUUUUGUGUUUCUCCAUGUUUGCUUUGUUUCUCGAAUUUGGCGCCAGAACUCGUCACCAGGAUCUUUGACCUUUUUUCAUCUCGGAAACCGGGCUGAAAUUUUGCAUAUGAACGCAAGGCAAAAUUCAUCCCAGUAACCGAGUCAGCCCGGUCAACCGGGCUCAUAUGAAGAGGCCCUUAGAGUCAAGACCGGCCUGAAAACCACAUACCCAUUUUUUAGGCCAAAGAGGGCAAUGCCCCACCAGAUGACAACCAACCAUUGAAUUGAAUCAAUUUAUUCUUCAACCGAUGAGGCAGAGGAAAAAUGUUCUGAUACUAAUCUACCUUACUUUCCAGAUGCCCAUUUUUGCACAACUUUGUCAGAUCUGCUACCUCAGUCAGAUUUUGUAGUACUAUGUACACCGCUUACAUCUGAAACGAGACACUUGAUAGCAGCAAAGGAGCUGUCCCUAAUGAAACCAACAGCAACAUUGGUUAAUAUUGCACGUGGAGGAGUUGUUAAUCACGAUGACUUGACUGACGCAUUGAAGAAUGGAGUGAUAAGAGCCGCAGCGCUUGACGUGACAGAACCAGAGCCUCUGCCGAGAGAUCACCCAUUGUUGAAAAUGGCCAACGUUACUUUGACGCCACACUUUGGAUCAGCAACUGCAAACACGAGAAUGAAAAUGGUGGAGCUGGCUGUGAUGAAUUUACGCGCUGGCUUAAAUGGCAAGGAGCUACCUUUUGGGGUCAAUUGA